AUGGAUAAGGGAAAUAAACUUCAUGCUGUUAGCGAACCAAAAUCCGAUCCCCCAAAACAUGAGAAAGAUCAGCCAUUAAGUAGGAAAUUAGAGACCUCACGUAGAUUACAAGGAAAGCCGGAAAAGAAGAAACCACAACUCGUUAAACGAAAAUCAGCCAAUGAAGUCAAAAACGUUAAAGUCAUAUUACAAGCAUCAACUGGUGGUGAAAAGCAGCUCAAGAGCUCUUUACAUACCAAAGCAAUAAAAACUAAGAAACAUGUCAAAUUCACUGCAAAUAUCGAACAUCAUGAUCAAAAACUGCGAGCAUUAAGAGUCAGGGUUAUCUGUAGGAAAUUUGCUUAUAAAUGGAUUCGAUUUACUUAUGGAAGAAUUCGACCUAGCGUGGCAAGGAGUCAUCACUACAAUAAAUUAUUAGCUUCUUGUAUGAAACAGUGGAAAGAAUUUUGGUGGACGUCGUGUAAGGAAUGGAAAUUAAUUGUUAGAGCUGAUUAUCAUAGCAGACGUUACUGGAAAAAUUGGUGUGCAACGUAUAAAACUACUGUAAGUAAUUACCAUUUAAAUCUAAUCGCCUUGCACCACUGGGCAGAAGUUCUCUUGAAAAGAAAACUUACUUUCGAUGCCUUGAGAUUGUAUGCCGUAAAGAAACGCCUACAUCGCUAUCGGACUAUAGAAGCUGAUGAUUUUCAAGCAUUUAAGAAAUCGAAUCAAACGGCAGACUUGGAAUCAUUGGAGACACAACAAUAUGUUAAGGCUGAAGCAUUUUUUAUUCUGAAAGCGUUACCGAGCGAAAUAUUACAGGCUAAGAUGUUUUAUAAAUGGCUAACAUUAUAUCACCUUAAUCAAGAUGUCAAAGUUAUGCUCGAAUCGGAUUUGGCAUUAUCAAUCAGAAAUCAUAAAGCACUUAAGCAAACAUUUCAACAUUGGAGGAAUUCGAAAAAUAUGCUUUUAGCAAGUGGAUUCAUGGAUGAGUCCUUCUACUGCAGAAAACACCGAAUGGAAUUAGCUAUAAAACGAUACAGGUUAAGAUGUAUUUCUAAAUGCUGGAAGGGCUGGAUAAAGUACACUUUAGAACGUAAGCGCAAAUAUAAGGAGUACUUUAAAGCUAACCAUCACUAUUCUGUGGCUUUGUUAUCGAAAACAAUGGAUGAAUGGAAGUCUUAUAACGUGUUAUGGGGAGAAAUCAAUACUAAAGUAGCAGACUUAGCGGCUUCGAAAAGAAUACUUUUACUUCGUGAUGGAUUCAAGCAAUGGCGAGUAGCUAUACGUACAAUAAAAGAACUGAAAGCGAUAGAAACAGAAUGUAAUAAAAUUUAUCAUAAGAAUUUGCUAAGGAAGGUUUUAUCUAAUUGGUACAAUUACUUAUCGGAACGUACAAUCGAAAAGCAAAUGCAACGAACAAAACUAGAAGAAGCUCGAAUACAGCUAAAAGCUUCAAAAUUAGCAAGAAUCUUUAGUCAUUGGCGAAUCAGUAAAAAUGAAAUUGUAAAGAUGAGACAAAAAAUGGAAAUUGUAGUAAAUUAUGAUAACAGAAAGUGUCUGAGAAAUGCAUUUAUGAAGUGGAAUAAAUACGUAAAGUUAUGCUUUCGGAAAGAGGCAUUUAAAGCUUGGCUUGGCUAUACCAAGUAUAAGAAAGACAAAGCAGCUCGCUUUUCCAAAGCUACGGAGAUGAGACAACAAUAUUUGUUAAAGACCGGAAUCGUUGCUUGGCUAAGGAUUGGAGAUGAAAUAGCACAGCAAAAGAAAUUAGCAGUUAGUAAAAGGGAAAGUGAAAGUUUGUAUCGAAUCUAUCAUGUCGUAUACAAAUUUGCCCGACAUUGGAUGUAUGUUACAUUUUCGAAACAACCCACAGUUAGAAAUCUAUCGGCAAUUCCAGUACCUCCUCUACUUAUUGAAGAUGAAGGUACAUCAUCGAAUGAAAAGCUUGAAGUAACCGAAUCGUUCCCAUCUUUGCAGUAUCUAAGAGAUAAACAAGUCAAGCGACGAAGACCCAGAAUUCCCGACUAUCUGCACUCGGAAUAUUCAAACGCAUCAAAUGAAACUGCAGCAGUAAGAUUAGCCGCAGUUAAAAAUAGAAAGGUGGCUAGAAUUCCGUCUCAUCUGGGCAAGAAUGAAGCACUUGUUAGGACUUUAGAUGCAAUCGAUGCCAAUAUUUUACCCCGAAAGACGCCUCAACCGCUAAUAAAAGAGAUUCCGGUACCGGUACAUGACUAUUUAGACCCCGUUGAACUGAAAACAGAUCGAGAUCAAUUGUCUCAUAAGAUAUCAGAUUCAAGUUCAUAUCAAUAUGUUAAUAAAGAUGGAGCAAAGAAUAAGGGUCUACCACGUGCAAUAAACCCUGUUAAACUGAAAACGGACAGAGAUCAGUUAUCUCGUAAGAAAUCAGAUUCAAGUUCAUAUCAAUUUAUUGAUGAAGGAGCAGAAAACAAGAAUCUACCCUAUGAGAUAAACCCUACUGAGCAGAAAACAUACGGAAAUCAAUUGUCUCAGAAGACAUUAGAUUCAAGUUUAUAUCAAUUUAUUAAUAAAGAAGGAGCUGAGAAUAAAAGUCUACAGUGGGAGAUCUUACAAAUCAAGGACGAAUUACAAGAUUUUGAGAGAUUAAAGCUAGAGUAUAACUGCUGUAUAGAGUCUCGUCGUGAUAUUCUGAAUAGAUUAGAGCAAGAAACGAACGAUGAUAGAGUUAUCGAUCUUGACGGACGAUUGAAGCAGAUAAACAUGUUAUUGGAUAUACAGAAAGCAAAGCUAGAAUGUAAUCGGCCGCGAAUUCAGCAGCUACUAAGCCAUAUUCGUACGCUAUUAAGACAACACAGUACUUCAUAA